CUUCCCCUGAUGUUGGCUUCAGGGAACAGCUCUUCUCAUCCCAUGUCCUUCAUCCUGCUUGGAAUCCCAGGACUGGAGAGUUCCCACUUUUGGAUUGCCUUCCCAUUCUGUGUCAUGUAUGUCGUGGCUGUAGCUGGCAAUAUCACCAUCCUGCAUGUAAUCAGGACCGACCACACCCUGCACCAGCCCAUGUACCUCUUUCUGGCCAUGCUGGCUCUCACUGACCUGGUCCUCUCCUCCUCCACACAGCCUAAAAUGCUGGCCAUACUCUGGUUCCAUGCUCAUGAGAUUGAAUACCAUGCCUGCCUCAUCCAGGUGUUCUUCAUCCAUGCCUUUUCUUCUGUGGAGUCUGGGGUGCUCAUGGCUAUGGCCUUGGACCGCUAUGUGGCCAUCUGCUUCCCACUGAGGCACUCUAGUAUCCUCACCACAUCUGUGGUGAUCAAAUUGGGGUCAGUUGUGAUGGUGAGAGGGCUGCUGUGGGUGAGCCCCUUCUGCUUCAUGAUCUCCAGGAUGCCCUUCUGCCCCAACAAGGUCAUUCCACAGUCCUACUGUGAACAUAUGGCUUUGCUGAAGUUGGUGUGUGCUGAUACCAGAGUCAAUCGUGGAUAUGGGCUCUUUGUGGCCUUCUCUGUGGCUGCCUUUGAUAUCAUUGUCAUUGGCAUAUCCUAUAUGAAGAUUUUGAGGGCUGUUCUUCAGUUGCCUUCAGGCGAAGCUCGUCUCAAGGCUUUUGGUACCUGUGGUUCUCAUAUCUGUGUUAUCCUGACUUUAUAUGUUCCAGCCCUUUUUACCUUCCUCACCCACCGGUUUGGCCAUCAAGUGCCCCAUUUAGUACACAUCAUUUUUGCUAAUGUCUAUCUUCUGGUACCUCCCAUGCUCAACCCCAUCAUCUAUGGAGUGAGAACCAAACAGAUCAGGGACAGGGUUGUCAGAGGAUGUUGUGGAAAAGAGCCUUGA